GUGACUGUGCGCAUCCCGAGUGUCCCGCACUAACGAACAAGUGCUAGGUGCAUCCCAGUCAAGCAGGUGCCUCGGUUCCUUUGUUCUCACCUCACUGUCCUCUUUUAACUUGUGCAUUCCUACAGUGGAGUGAAUACCAGGACCCCAACCGGUCUCUGACCAUAACUCACCAUGUUUGAAUACCACGGAACCACCAUCACGACGCCGCAACUGCUUGGCGGCCUUCUCAUUCUCUUUAUUGGCUACAGAGUCGUUGCCAGGUUCUCCUACGAUGCGAAGCUUCGCAAGCUGGGUGCGCGAGCACCUAUUCGCAGGACAUGGCUUCCCUUGGAACUCGAUCUGGCCUACAAGAUCGUGAAAGCUGCAAUCGACGACAAGAUGUAUGAGUUCUGGCUGAACACUUUCCAGACUUACUCUCGUAACGGCUGCUACACAAUCGAAACUGGAAUAGGCGAGCGGGUAGUUAUGACGGCUGAUCCUGAGAACAUCAAAGCGAUCCUGGCCACUCAAUUCAAGGAAUAUGGCAAGGGAGAGCAGUUUCACGCGGACUGGGAUGAUUUUCUUGGAGAUGGUAUCUUCAAUACUGAUGGACAACUCUGGCACAACUCGCGACAGUUGAUUCGCCCGCAGUUCAUCAAAGACAGAUUGAGCGAUAUUGAGAUCUUCGAAGAGCAUGUGCAGAAGCUCAUGGUCAAGUUGGGCCAAGGGGAAGUGGACAUGAUGGACAUGUUCUUCAGGUUUACUCUUGACGCCGCCACUCACUUCUUGCUCGGUAGCGACAUCGGCAGCAUCGACCAACCUCAGACAGCUUUCGCUGAUGCCUUCACCCGAGUUCAACACAUCCAGAGCUUGAUAGCAAGAGUCGGUCCCUUGAACAAGUUCAUACCCCGCAAGCGUAUGGGCUUCUACUCCUCCCUCAAUGUCUUGGACAACUUUGUGAACAUGUACAUUGAAAAAGCACUCGCUCUCUCCCCUAGCGAGCUUGAGGAAAAGAGCAAGCACGACUCUGGUUACACGUUUCUGCAUGCGAUUGCUGGGUACACACGCGACAGGAAAGUGUUGCGCGACCAGCUGGUCUCUAUUUUGCUUGCUGGUCGCGAUACUACGGCUUGCACCUUGACCUGGGUCAUCUAUGAGUUGUCUCGCCAACCUCACAUAAUCGCAAAGCUACGCCAGGAGAUCAUCGAUACAGUGGGCUUGGACCGACAGCCGUCUUACCAGGACCUGAAGGAUAUGAAGUACCUUGGACACAUCAUCAACGAAGCUCUACGUCUCUACCCAGUUGUUCCGUACAACGUUCGCUUUUCACUUCAGGAUACUACACUACCAGUUGGUGGAGGACCCGACGGCACUCAGCCCAUCGCCGUGCCGAAGAACACACCCAUCGGCUACUCGACACUAAUCAUGCAGCGUCGUCCUGAUUUGUACCCGCCCCCGGAGACGGGCUUUCCUGCUGUGGAUAAAUUUGUUCCCGAACGAUGGGACAGCUGGACUCCGAAAAGCUGGACAUACGUGCCGUUCAAUGGUGGGCCGAGGAUCUGCAUUGGGCAGCAGUUUGCUCUUACAGAGAUGGGAUACACGAUUGUCAGACUGUUCCAGAGAUUUGAGACGGUGGAAAAUCUGAUGGGAGAUGAAGUUGCAGGGAUGCAUGCUGAUAUUGUGCUGCAGCCGUCGAACAAGAUCAAGGUGCUAUUUAAGUAGAAUGACCAUGAAUGGAAGAUGAAAAGUUGGCCUACAAUGCUGCUGGUGUCGAGUUGAUGAUGUUUGGAUAUCUCUAUCCUAGAGAAUAUAGGGUGCUUUCCGAAGACCGAUUUCGGACUUGUAAUCAUAAUCGUACAGCUGUG